GAAAGCUAAAAGUCUGAAUUUUGAAUUCCACACCUGUAGAGCUGCAGAGCUGGGAGUUUUUUACUCACUCGAUUCGGAUUGAUGCAGAGCUGAAAGGAGAUGACGCUCAGGAAAGGCUCGAAGGUUUGGGUCGAAGACAAGGCUUCGUCUUGGGCUGCUGCCGAGGUGACCGCCAUUAUCGGCAAGCAAGUUCAGCUUCUUACUGAAGAUGGGAAGAAAGCAUUGGCUUUGCCGGAAAAAUUGCUUCCUAGGGAUGUGGAGGAAGACCAUGGAGGAGUGGAUGAUAUGACCAAAUUGACUUAUUUGAACGAGCCCGGAGUUCUCCACAAUCUCUAUAGGAGAUAUGUUCUGAAUGAAAUCUAUACUUACACUGGAAGCAUUCUAAUUGCUGUGAAUCCCUUUACGAAACUUCCUCAUCUAUAUAAUAUGCAUAUGAUGGAGCAAUAUAAAGGAGCUCCCUUUGGCGAGCUUAGCCCUCAUGUUUUUGCUGUGGCUGAUGCAUCUUACAGAGCUAUGAUGUCUGAGGGCAAAAGCCAGUCGAUAUUGGUAAGUGGGGAAAGUGGAGCUGGCAAGACAGAGACAACAAAAUUGAUCAUGCAGUAUCUUACAUAUGUAGGUGGUCGUGCUGCUGGUAAUGAGCGUACUGUGGAACAACAAGUUCUUGAGUCUAAUCCACUUCUGGAGGCCUUUGGAAAUGCACGCACGGUUAGAAAUGACAAUUCAAGCCGUUUUGGCAAGUUUGUCGAGAUCCAGUUUGAUGCAAAUGGUAGAAUAUCCGGCGCUGCAAUUAGAACCUACCUUCUAGAGCGUUCUCGUGUUGUCCAGAUAACAGAUCCCGAGAGAAAUUAUCACUGCUUUUAUCAGUUAUGUGCAUCUGGAGUGGAUGCUGAAAAGUAUAAAUUGAGCCAUCCUAGCCAUUUUCACUACUUGAACCAGAGUAAGACCUAUGAAUUGGAUGGAGUAAGCAGUGCCGAGGAAUAUGUGAAGACAAGGAGGGCAAUGGAUAUUGUUGGAAUCAGUAAUGAGGAACAGGAGGCAAUAUUUCGGACAUUAGCUGCAAUUUUACAUCUUGGAAAUAUAGAUUUUUCUCCAGGAAAAGAGCAUGAUUCAUCAGCUAUAAAUGACCCAAAGUCUAAUUUUCAUCUGGGGAUGGCUGCAAAUCUACUAAUGUGUGAUUUGAAUUUGUUGGUCACUUCACUUUGUACUCGAUCAAUUCAAACUCACGAAGGGGUCCUUAUUAAGGCCCUUGAUUGUGCUGCUGCUGCUGCAGGGAGAGAUGCUUUAGCCAAAACUAUAUAUGCUCAACUAUUUGACUGGCUUGUUGAGAAGAUCAACAUAUCCGUAGGGCAAGACCAUGAUUCGAGGAUACAAAUUGGAGUUCUUGACAUAUAUGGAUUUGAAUGCUUUGUUCAAAACAGCUUUGAACAAUUCUGCAUCAACUUUGCAAAUGAAAAGCUUCAACAACAUUUCAAUGAGCAUGUUUUCAAAAUGGAACAAGAGGAAUAUCAGAAGGAAGAAAUUAAUUGGAGCUACAUAGAAUUUAUUGACAACCAAGACGUUUUGGAUCUCAUAGAGAAGAAACCAAUAGGCAUAAUCGCUUUGUUGGAUGAAGCUUGCAUGUUUCCUAAAUCAACGCACCAGACAUUUUCUAACAAGCUUUUCCAGAAUUUUCGUGGCCAUACACGACUUGAAAGGGCAAAAUUUUCAGAAACAGAUUUUACCCUCUCUCAUUAUGCUGGCAAGGUUACAUAUAAGACCGAGUCAUUUAUAGAUAAAAAUCGUGAUUACAUUGUUGUAGAGCAUCGUCAUUUAUUAUGCUCUUCAAAGUGCUCAUUUGUUGCUGGUCUCUUUCCCCCACUUGGAGAAGAAUCUUCAAGAUCUUCAUACAAGUUUUCUUCUGUGGCAUCUCGGUUUAAGCAACAACUUCAAGCUCUUAUGGAAACCCUCAGCUCAACAGAACCUCAUUAUAUUCGUUGUGUCAAGCCAAAUUCUCUGAAUCGCGCCCAGAAGUUUGAAAAGCAAAGCGUUUUACAUCAACUGCGUUGUGGGGGUGUUUUGGAAGCUGUGCGCAUAAGUUUGGCCGGUUAUCCAACAAGAAGGACUUAUCCUGAAUUUGUGGACCGAUUUGGAAUUCUUGCACUAGAUAUGCUAGAUGGGUGCUCUGAUGAAAGGGCAAUCACGGAGAAGAUUCUUCUGAAACUCAAACUUGAUAAUUUUCAGUUGGGAAAGACGAAGGUAUUCCUUAGGGCCGGCCAGAUUGGUGUUUUAGAUUCAAGUCGUUCUGGGGUCCUUGAUGCUGCAGCAAAGUGUAUACAAAGAAGACUGAGGACUUAUCUUGUACGCAGGGACUUUCUUUUUCACCGGGCUAUUGCUAUUGCUCUACAGUCAUUUUGCAGAGGCUUUCUUGCUCGUUGUUUGUACACAUCAUUACGAGAAGCCUCUGCCACUUUAAUCAUACAAAAAUAUGUUCGGAGAUGGAUUUUGAGGCAUUCCUAUGUGCAACUGUAUGCUUCCACUUUGGUCAUGCAGUCGAGCAUUCGUGGUUUCACGUGCAGGCAAAAUUUCUUAUAUCAAAAGAAAAACAAAGCUGCCAUUUUAAUUCAGGCUAAUUGGAGAAUGUGCAAGGUGCGGUCUUUAUUCCACAACUACCAAUUUAAAGUUAUUGCAAUUCAGUGCCUUUGGAGGCGGAAGUUGGCUAGGAGAGAGCUCCGAAGGCUUAGACAGGAAGCUAAUGAAGCUGGCGCAUUGCGCCUAGCGAAAAGCAAGCUCGAGAAGCAGUUGGAGGAUGUUACAUGGCGAUUUCAGCUGGAGAAGAAAAUGCGAAUCUCAUCUGAAGAAGCUAAGAUGAUGGAAAUAUCAAAACUUCAAAAAACUAUAGAAUCUUUGAGCCUUGAGCUAGAUGCAGCUAGACUGGCUACAGUUAAUGAGAUCAACAAAAGUGCUGUGGUACAAAGGCAACUGGAGUUAACAAUGAAGGAAAAAACUGCUAUAGUAAGAGAAGAAGCUGCAAUUAUGGAAUUGAGAAAUGAAAAUGCAUUCUUGAAGAAAUCUUUGGCUGCAUUAGAGGAAAAGAACUCUGCACUAGAACGAGAACUUUUCAGUGCUAAAGAGGAGGCGAGUGGAACCCUUAAAAAGUUGAAAGACGCUGAAAAAGAUUGCUCCCAGCUACAGAAGAACUUAAAAAGUUUGGAAGCCAAGCUUUCAAGUUUAGAGGAUGAAAAUCUUGUGCUCCAUCAAAAAACAUUGUCACCUAGGAGCAACCGUGCUGGCUUUUCUAAGCCUUUUCUUGAUAAACUCCCUGGUGCAGUUACUCUUCAUUCCGCUGACCGCAAAUCUAUAUACGAAACACCUACACCUACAAAAUCAAUUAUGCUCUUUUCAGAAGGAUUUACUGAUUCUCGCCGUGGAAAGGUCAACAAUGAGAAGUAUGAAGUCCUCUCACAGUGCAUCAAAGAAAAUUUAGGCUUCCAAGAUGGAAAACCAGUAGCAGCUUGUCUUAUCUUUACAUGUCUUCUUCGUUGGCGUGCCUUCGAGGCAGAGAAAACUCCUAUUUUUGAAUUCAUUGUUGAGACUAUCAAUGGUGUCAUACAGGUUGAUGAUGACAAUGACUCUACCUUGCCUUACUGGUUAUCCAACACAUCAGCACUUCUAUGUCUUCUACAAAGGAAUUUACGUGCUAAUGGCUUCUUCAGUGCUUCAUCACAGCGCUCUGGAGGUGGUUCUGUGUUAAAUGGGAGGGUUGCUCAUGAUGGCAUGUCACACCUGGAAGCCAGGUAUCCGGCCAUAUUGUUUAAGCAACAAUUAACUGCGUCUGUUGAGAAGAUAUUUGGCUUGAUACGGGAUAAUUUGAAGAAGGAGAUUACUCGAUUGUUGGGAUUGUGUAUUCAGGGACAAAAAAUCCAGCGAGUUCAUGGAGGGAAAAUGUCUAGAUCGCCUGGAGGUGCUUUUCAGCAGUCACCAAAUAAUCCAUGGGACAGCAUCACCAAAUUUCUGGAUUCUUUUGUGAGCCGUCUACAAGAAAAUCUUGUGCCUUCGUUUUUCAUCCGUAAGCUUACAACCCUAGUUUUCUCCUUCAUCAACUUCUCGUUGUUUAACAGUCUUUUACUCCGCCGUGAGUGUUGCUCAUUUUCAAAUGGUGAAUAUGUGAAAUCCGGUUUGGCUGAACUAGAAAAAUGGAUAGUAAAUGCCCAGGAGGAGGUUUCCGGCACUUCUUGGCAUGAGUUGAAAUACAUCAGACAGGCUGUUGGAUUUCUGGUUAUACACCAAAAGCGGAAAAAAUCAUUGGAAGAAAUAAUGCAGGAUCUUUGCCCGGCAUUGACAAUAAGACAAAUCUACCGCAUAAUCACAAUGUAUUGGGACGAUAAAUAUGGAACUCAAAGUGUGUCAAACGAGGUUGUUAGUCAGAUGAGAGAAAUCUUAAACAAGGAUUCUCAAAAUUUAACGACAAACUCGUUCUUGUUGGAUGAAGACCCAAGCAUUCCGUUCUCAACCGAAGACAUCUAUAUGGCGCUUCCUGAAAUAAAUCCCUCGCUCAAAGAACUCCCAAAGUUCUUAUCUGAAAACCCAUCCGUGAUGCUUCAGCUGCAGCAGCCAAAAUGAGGAAAUGAUGACUUCACAGUCCCUGUCAAGUCUCUUGCUUGUAUUAGCGAUGUAAAUUUAUUGCGAUUAUCUUGCCUAUCUCAUCCUUUUGACAUUUAACAUGCACAAAGCGAGCCCACUAUGAGAUUUUGGAAGGCGGGCGAAAAAAGAAGAGUUACUCCAUCCACGUCGAUCUAACGGGAAAGUCUUAAAGAGUAGUAUGUUCUGGAACAGUGUGUAUGGAAUUCACUCCACUUUUAGUAACAUGUGCAGAUGGUAUGUUAUGGCCACAAUGCUGGUAUGUGAAUCUUGCCUUGCUUCUCUGCUUUGUUUUAAAAUAACUAGCAAGAAGUAAGGUCAUUCCCAUUUCCUAAACAUUUAAAUUGUAUUGACAUCUAUUGUAAUUUUGAAGAUUUCGACGCAUUAAUGAAAGUGUUUUUUUCUCAUUCUUUACCACAAAUUGUAAUGAAAUGUGGUUUCUUUG